CAGCAAGCACAUCUCAUCUGAUCAUCUUCUCUUCACUCUUCAGUAAUCCUCAUCCAUCUUAAUCAGCAUCAUCUGCCACUUCCAAACUUCGACCUUCAAGUCUACCUCAAUCUUCUCAAAAUGCAGUUCUCCACCGCCGCCAUCACCGCCAUUGCCAUGGCCCUCACCGUCACCGCCGCUCCUGGCACCACUGCUCCGGUCAAGAGAACCCUCGACACGCUCACCUACGCUGAGGCCCAGAACGUCUGCGGCCAGAACCUCAGCGUCAGCUGCUGCAACCAGGUCAGCGCCGACACCAAUGUCAACGACAACUCGGGAUCCGGAAUCCUCUCCGGCAUUCUGGGUGGCGUCCUCGGCAACGGCGGCCUGAAGCUUCUUGAUGGAUGCUCCUCCAUUGGAGCUGGAAUCGCCAACGACCUCUUGAACAGCAAGUGCAAGCAGAAUGUUGCCUGCUGCAAGUCCGAUGGCAACACCGCUUCCGGUCUCGUUGCUGUCCAGCUUCCUUGCAUCCCCAUCUCCGGCCUUUUGUAAGGAAGUCCAGAGGCCUCCCUCUUCAUAUUGAUGGGUUUUCGAUUAUUUGGAACUACGGGACUAUUCAGCUAAAAGGCACAAUGGAGGAUUCGGGGUGUUGUAUGAGUUCGAG